AGUACAUGUCAUUGAUGAUAAUAUGAAUGAUUCCAUGAACGCCUUCACAGACUCCAAUAUGGACACCUUGCUACAAAUGCCUCGAAAGAAGCGAGGCAGAAAACCUAAAACACAUAUCGUCGGCAACUCUUGUUUUGUCUGGAAGGAUUUAACCUGUACAAGAUCCACUAUCAAAAAGUAGAACAACACCCUUCCUCUAUAGCUAAUUAACUUUACAUUUACACUCAUUUGUACUAUAUAUGAAAAUUAUGGAAACCCCGGAAAUCAAAGAAUCACUUGUAACACAAUAUGACAAACCUAUUAUCUAUUAUGCCCCCCCUCUUAUUUUUAACCAUGUACAUAUUCAACCGCAUCCAUUUUUUUUUUCUAUUUUCUACUUUUUUUUUUCCUUUUUUUUUCCUUUUUUUUUCUUUUUUUUUUUUAUUAAAAUAAUGCUUAAAGCAGUUCCUCUGUCAUUUACAAAAUUCGGAAACCAAACCAAAGCACCUCUCAUUAUAUGUCAUGGUCUAUUUGGAUCCAAACAAAACUGGAAAUCACUCGCCAAAAACAUCAAUGAACAAACGCAAUCGCCAGUCUAUACCGUCGAUGCUCGUAACCAUGGAAACAGCCCUCAUGUCGAGCCACACACCUAUGGCCUUAUGGCCCAGGAUAUAUUAAAACUCAUCAAGGACGAAGGUCUCGAAAACCCCAUGCUUAUGGGUCAUUCCAUGGGAGGAAAGGUCAUGAUGGAUGUAGCGUUGAAUCAGCCCGAGUUACCCAGCAAGUUAAUUGUGAUUGACAUGCCACCCAUUCCCAUCAAAUUAUCUACGGAAUACAACACCCAUGCGGAAGCCAUGAAGGAGAUCAAUGCGCUCCAACUCAAGAAACAGAAGGAGGCGGAUGAAGUGCUUCAAAAAUACGAGCCGGAUUUGAUAGUGCGUCAGUUUUUAUUGACGAAUUUGAAAAAGAACCUAAAGAAGGAUGGGAUUUAUGAGUUUCGAGUGGCCUAUGAUACGUUGGGAAGAUCCAUUGGUCACAUGGGCGACUUCUUCCAAUCUGAACCAAACAAAGUCUAUCACGGUCCCACCUUGUUUAUUACAGGCGACGUCAGCCCUUAUCGAAAGUACUUUAUCCAACAUGCCGACAUGAUCAAGGCGCAAUUUCCAAAUUCCCGCCUUGAGAACAUUAAAGGAGCAGGUCACUGGGUGCAAACGGAACAACCCAAAGCGUUUCUUUCAAGCGUGAUCAAUUUUAUUAAUUAAAAAAAACCAAAUUUUUUUUUUAGUCGUCGUUGUUUUUUUCAAGCAAAUGAGGUAGAGCAGGCACACCAGGUAUAGGUCGACUUAAAGCGAUUUUUAAAUCUUGUUGGCCAAUAGGACAA